GUACUAAAACACCUGUCUCCUUACGUAUACGGAUGAUCACAUGAUAUUUUAAACACAACGAAUAAAGGUAAAAAGAGUAAAAAGAGGUAAGAAUGAUUUCCGAAAAUCAAAUUAAAGAAUCGAAUUUAUGUGGCAAGGAGUUAGAUGUCGUCUUCGCUAAGAAGGAAAAGAAGAAUGUCGGAAACAAGAUAAAAGGAUACGUUAUCUACAUGUUAAUUAUAAUAUUCAUUUUGAUAUUUGUUCUAUUUAUAUUUGGAUCGAUGAUGCACAUAAAAAUCGUAAAAUUACCCGAAUGGCUCGAAAAUUUUCCAUCUCGUGCUGAAUUUUCGACGGUGAAACAAAUGGAAAAAGCUACUUUCCGUCUGAUAACAAAAUUAUUCAGUAAUUCCCACGAUAAUUAUGUUUGCUCGCCCUUCUUAACAUCUUUAAUUGUGUCUCUUUUACUGGAAGGUUCUCGAGAUGAAACAGCUUUGGAAAUUAUUCAGGCCAUGAAUUGGAGUUCCAUAGAUACAUCUAACCUCAGAUCUUACUUUAAUGAUAUUUUAUUGCAUCUGAAUGGAGGAAUGGAAAAGGUAAACAUUGCUAAUCAGAUGUUUAUCGAGAAUGGUUUAGAAAUAAGCCAAAAUUAUAAAGAAAUCUUAAGAAGUUAUGAUGCGGAUGUAAUUAAUGUCGACUUUAAGAAGAUAAACGAAACUCUGAGUAUAAUUAAUAAAUGGGCAAUAGGAAAAAGCCGAAGCUUGAUUAAGGAAUUAAUCAGAUCUGGUGUUAUAAAUUCUGCUACUAUAGGAGUAAUUACUAGUUUAAUGACAUUUCGAGGAAGAUGGAAGGUGCCUUUUAAUAAAAAUCUUACACAAGAAGGAAAGUUCUUUUUAGAAAAUGGGAAGGAAAUAAGUGUUAAAAUGAUGUUUAGCAGUGGACACUUUAAACAUGGAUAUUUUCCAGAAUAUAAAUUAUUUGCCCUAGAAUUGCCUUAUGAAGUACCUGACAUAGUUAUGGUAAUUUUGAUACCUUCAAAUUUACAAGAUUUGAAGGAGACAUUGAUCAAAAAUGAAGGCGAACUUUUGUUACAUCUUCAUUCCAAAAUGAAAAAUCAUAAUGUGGAGAUUUGCUUACCGAAAUUUCAGAUUAAUACUAAUAUAUUGUUAGAGGAAAAGCUCCAAUCUAUGGGCAUUGAAGCCUUGUUUAAUUCCGAAACAUCGAACAUGAAAGGAAUAUCUUCUAAGGAAGAUUUCUACAUACAAAAAAUCAUUCAAGGAGUUCAUAUUGAAGUCGAUGAAGAAGCAACAGAAGGAAGUGCCCAUAGCACCUCCAUUAUUGGUAGCCGCUCGUUAUUGACAACGAUUUGUGCCGAUCGGCCAUUUAUAUUUUAUGUUCAAGAGAAAAAAUAUAAAUCGAUCUUAUUCUGGGGAGAAUAUAAAACACCCCUGGAAUCUUUGUAUUAAAUAUUAUUUACAACUUUAUUAUAAACUAAAUUUUAAAGCCAAUUACUGUUGGGUAUUUAAUUCAAUUAGAAGAGCGUAAUUAAAAAUAAGCUCACGAAAUUAUGGUCAAUAAUUAAUGUAAUAAUAAGAAAUUAUACGUGAGAAUAAUGUUAUUUACAUGUUCUCAAAGUCUUUUACAACAACAUAGAGGAAAAUUAUAUAAAAGAAGUACAGAAUCUGACCUAGUGAACGAGUGAACGAUCUAAAACAAUCUUAAAGUAAAUUCUAAAGAAAAUUUUCUCUUCAUAGUCUAAAUAAAGCAUAGCUGAGAAGAAAAAUAUUUAUUAUAUUUUUAUUUCCUCCAUAAUCAAUCAGGAAAUAAAAAAUAACAAAUAUCAGAUCAUUAUCAGUUAUACACCAUUAAGCAAAAUCUAUAUCAGUUCAUUUAAUUUUAACCUAAGUACGUAACAUAAAUAUAUUUAACAAAAUAAUAUAUACACACUAAGACCUGUGUAAGCCGAAAUGGCACAUUGGCAAGUUUCCGUUUUGAAUAGUUUUUUUUAAACAUAAAAAAUUCGUUUCGUUCCGAAGAAUUUUUUCCGCUUAGAUAAGUUUUCGUUUUAUUCGGGUUCCGUCUUGGACAGGUUUUAACUGUUAUACUUAUAGUCACUUUUAUUGAUAUUAAAAUAGUAUAGUUUAAAAGAUUUUUACAAUAUAACUGAACUCAUUUUCUAAUUUUAUAAGAUAAACAACCCUUAGGCUGGUAAAUAUUCUUAAAUGGUAGGAUACUGCUUUUGACCUGAUGAAAGGUUUUCGUUCUCAUUUCUAAAGAUUUUCUAGGGGAAAGUAGGUUCACACGUGAUAUUUAAAGAUGGGUCAGUAAACUUUCAUAAGCUAUAAUUUUUCUGCACUGGUUAUAUACUUGGUCUCUAAUCUCUUAUAUGCUCUAAAUAUCACAAAAUUAUCAAACAUUUUGACAUAACUAGGAUCAAAAAUUGAUAAUGUGUAUCGACAAAACAUAUCUUAAUUUGAAAAUUGUCACUUGGUGAUUGCUUAAGCGAUUUAUCCGACGUUAUAAUUUAUAAAAUUCGAUGGAUACAGCAAAUACAAUAAGGCUAAAUGUAGAAAUAUAUCAACAACAAUGGCUGCCUUGUAAUAUUUAUUAUUACAGAAAGUAAAAAUAGGGUAUUAAAAUCGGUAGAAGUUGAUUAAACUUUUGUCUAUCAAAUUAGGUCACAAACAAAACAGAAACAGUAGGAAGUUUCUUCUCUGAUUUCCAGAUUUUUUUUCUAAAUUAAUUUUAUAAUAAAAUAAUCAUAAAUUGUUGAAAUAAUUCAAGAGAGAAAUUAGGCCGUUGGAAUAUAUAUAAAAUAUAAUUUCGUUCCAUUUACCACCUGCAAAUUUUCCUAAAUUAGCAGAGAAAUGUGUAAUGAGUUAAGAAAGGGAACUAGAUUUACCUUAAAGGUCAAAAUAGAUGUUACCAGACUAAUAAGAUACGUUAGAUAAGAUGAGACCAAUGAAAGGAAAACCUCUGUAAAAUCUUGUCCUAGUUCUCACAAUUGACAUUGUUCCUCAAUAGUGACAUUGUAAGCAAUUUACGGCUAAAGAAUAUCUUAAACUUUAUGUAUACAGUAAAACCUGUCCAAAACGGAAACCUGCUAGACCGAAAAAAUAGUCGGCACCGUGCGAUUCUGCUUUACCAGGUUUUAUUGUAUACACACCAAGUACACAGGCUACAUAUCCAAUCGAAGUAAUGCCUUUUCGAAAUUUAAACUUAAAAUUCUUUCCUUUUUAAAAUAUAAUAAAACCUGUGUAAACCGGAAUUGUACGGUACCGAAUAUUUUUCCGGUUUGGCAGGUUUUAUUGUAUUCGGUCACCCGUACCCAAACUGGUACGGUGUUCUUGAAGAAAAACGUGAAUAAAUAAACAAAUUUUAAAUGUUUUUUUUAAAAAGAUUAUAUUAUCUUUUAACGCGAUUUUAUGCUUUUACUUAGAAAAAAACACAAUAAUAAUUAAUAUUAAUGUGAAAGUACGUUUGUCUGAAAUUCGGUCGUUUACCCUCAAUACAAAAAAAUCAGGACAUUAACUAAACAAGGGAAAUUUGCAGAGGACUAGUUUCUCUUCGUCUAGCUGAUGAUAUUUCUAUUAUUAGAUGAACCGUUUUUUUGUAAUGUUAAUUGAGUUGUGAAAAAGUAGAAUUGAGUCGUUUUUUUUAAAUAUAAAAUUAAUGCAAAAAGGAAAAUUUAAAGUGACAAAACAGUGAUUUUAAAACAAA